CAGGAAUGCUGCGUGAUGAUAUAAAAAGAGCAGCUUCUGCACAGGUAGAAACCGCAAGGUGAACAGAGGUGAAGCUGAACAUAGAUGCUGAGGCUUCGAAGAAGUACUGCACACUUUGAAACUUGAUCUGUAUCUCUCGAUCACUGUGCAAGGUAAACAGAAUGCAGUACAUCAUUCUCUUCGCUCUGCUCACAGCUUCUGUGUUGGCUGAUGUCCAGCCUCAGUUCUACUCCUACUCCCCAGCAGUGGGGUCAGGAAGUGGCACCAGUUACAGCCUGACUGGAGAGGGCCGUAUCACAGCUGUCCGCAUCUGGGAGACCUACAACAACUUUGUCUACGGCAUCCAGUUUAGAUACGGCUUCAUUUGGUCCCCAGUUGUUGGCUCCCAAACUGGCGAGGCCCUGGAGAUGGAGUUGAAUGAUGGCGAGGCCAUCAUUCAAAUUUCGGGGAAAUAUGCUCACUACAUCCAGUCACUGGUGUUCGUGACUAACAGGGGCCGCUCCCUGCAUGCAGGCCAGCCAUAUGGCCACUCCUUCAACAUGUACCCUACCCACAGCGAGGCUGAGCUGCGUUUCAUCAGCGGCCGCGUCCACGGGGCUCUCACCUCCAUCGGAGCCCACUGGGCUGUCGUUGAUUCGGUUUCUGACACCACUGCUGGGAAUUGAGGUGGAAGGCAAACUAGCAAUUCUGCCGAACCAGCGGAAAACCUAAUAUGAAAAUCACAGUUUACUUCAAUACAGUAUGGAGAGAACUUCUUUAAACUACGCAUUUCAGCAAUCACACAAAGUAACAAAGUGCAUUGUGUAAACAUCAGCUGACCUCGUUCUUGCCUUUAUGAUUUUAAAAGAAUUUAAAAGAACAACCAACAGAAGAACAGACCUUCACAAACAUUACUCUCAUGUUGUUGUGUCUUUCCUGUGUAACUGUGAUUUGAUGCUGUUGUUUUUACAUGUAAAUUUGUGCACAUAAAGUCCUUGUGCUUAUUUAAAAUACGCAAGAAGAAAAACAAUUAAUAAAAAUAUAUCUUUUGCCCAUCAA